AAUAAGGCCAAAAUGAGAUUCUCCGGAUGGAUUUGGCUCAUCUCCAACCCCAUUUCCCCGAAGAUCCCUACGAGGAUCCUCCUACUCUCUUAAAAUCGGAUGUGACCCCACUGCUUCACGAGAGGUUACCUUCCUUCUGUUCAUGGUCUCUUGCCAUCUUCAGCUGUUCAAGACCUUCAUCGUCGUCCAGAUGCGCUGAAGAGUAGCCAUCCUAUCUGCAUAGUCGAAAACAUUAAGCUAAUUUUUUUUUUGUAUACGCGCGCGGAAAGGUUUUUCUACUGUCUUCUACAGAAAAAUACCCUUUUUACAUUUUCAUUAUUUUUAUUUGACCCUGUUUCCCCUCCUUCUUUUACCUCGGCGCAUUUUCCGAGUCCCGCUGCAAGGCCUUUCGGCGCCUCAUGACAGAAACUCCGAAUCGUGCACGGCCGUUGGCAAUAAGUUUCUAUUCACAGCCGAUUUAUAGCCGCCGGUGUACCAAGAAAAACAUCAGCUUCAAUCAAGCAGGCACGUUGAAGGCUUCCCAGAGUCUUGGCAUCUGUACCCAAUUGAAGUCGAUUGCGCCGUCAUGUCGCCAUCGUCGACAGGCGAGUCGCCGCCUACGAUAUUAAACGGUCAUUCGGCACCAGCAGUCAGUAAUGGCAGAGGAUUUCCUCUCCCAUCUCGGGAUACGUUCAACAUCGAUAUACCGACUUCACAGCUAAACACUUCCAACCCUCCAAGCGCCCUGAAGUCGCCUGCAACCGUCAAAAGCCAACGCACCCCGAGCUUCAGCCGCGAUAGCAUUCUCGGAUCCGCUCUCAAGGCCGGCGCCUCUCAGCGGGCUGAUUUUUCUGGGGACGGCAGGCUAGGAGAUCCUAAUGGGCUGCAGAAGGUUUCUAGUGAUGAAGGGUCAAACCCUCUGAAAAGGAGAAACACGGACGCUGGUGUUGACUAUCCGAGGCGACGAGCAACAAUCGCCUGUGAAGUAUGUCGCUCCCGCAAAUCUCGGUGCGAUGGCACCAAACCGAAAUGCAAGCUCUGCCUGGAGCUCGGUGCCGACUGCGUUUACCGUGAGCCUGGGAUUAAGCUUGACGCAGGUGACAAACUGAUUUUGGAGCGCCUCAACCGUAUCGAAAGCAUGCUGCAGAUGACCCUGCCACCAAAUGGCAUCGGUCUGGGAGGUUCGCCGAACCUGAGCAAUGGAACUGGACAUCUCAGUGCGGAUGGCAUUCUAACUGGUGGUCCAUUUCUCUCGGUCAUGCCCAAUGCUGCAUUGAGCCAGUGGGCAACUGCUCCCAACAUUUCGACGAUGCCAAAGGUGCACACCAAUGCGGCACUGCAUCUCCUACAAUGGCCCCUGAUACGAGAACUCGUAUCGAGGCCCUAUGACCCGCAGAUCUUACUUCAGCUCGAGAUGGCAAGGGAGCCCCUACACUCCCUAACCAAAACCCCUUGCGUCGAUUUAUCCAACACCGCAGCCUAUAUUGAAGCGUACUUCGAGCGAGUCAAUGUUUGGUACGCCUGCGUGAAUCCUUAUACUUGGAGGAGUCAUUACCGCAUCGCUUUGUCCAAUGGUUUCAGAGAAGGUCCCGAAAGCUGUAUUGUUCUCCUGGUGUUAGCACUCGGGCAAGCGAGUUUGAAGGGCAGCAUAUCCCGGAUUGUGCCACAUGAAGACCCGCCGGGCCUGCAGUACUUCACCGCUGCUUGGGCUCUACUGCCCGGUAUGAUGACAUCCAACAGCGUCUUGGCUGCGCAGUCUCAUCUGCUUGCCGCCGCCUACCUCUUCUACUUGGUUCGACCUCUUGAGGCAUGGAACCUCCUCUGCACAACCAGCACCAAGCUACAGCUUCUUUUGAUGUCGCCGAGCAGAGUGCCUUCGGAUCAACGAGAACUCACCGAGCGCAUCUACUGGAACUCGUUAUUGUUCGAGAGUGAUCUCCUGGCUGAGCUGGACUUACCCCACUCUGGCGUUGUCCAGUUCGAAGAGAAUGUUGGUCUUCCUGGAGGCUUUGAGGGCGAUGAGAACGAAGCAGUUGGCCGCGAUGACCUGUGGUAUUUUCUCGCCGAGAUCGCGCUUCGAAGGUUGCUCAACCGCGUCAGCAACCUUAUCUAUUCGAAGGAUUCAAUGGCCUCUACCACUAGCCUAGAGCCUGUUGUGGCAGAGCUCGAUUUCCAGCUCACGCAGUGGUAUGAGAGCCUCCCGCUGCCUUUGCAGUUCCCUUUCACACGAACCAUGCUCCCGGACCCAGUUCAAACCGUGCUACGACUACGUUUCUUCGCCUGCAGGACGAUCAUAUAUCGGCCCUACAUUCUUGCGGUACUCGACAACGAGCAAGCCGUUUUGGACCCAGCGGUGAGAGACAGCUGUCACAAGUGUUUGGAGGCUUCGAUCAGGCAGUUGGAGCACAUAGCAGCACACCAUGCGGGACACAUCCCCUACCUUUGGCAAGGAGCCUUGUCUAUUGUGUCUCAGACGCUCCUUGUCAUGGGCGCAACUAUGUCACCAUCGCUUUCUAGUAUAUUGUCCACCGUGGUUCCCCACAGGGAAACACUGGAUCAGAUUCUAAGCGAGGUGAUUAUCGAGAUAGAGCGGUACGCCGUCCUUGCGCCCAGUCUUAGCUUGGCUGCGGACAUUCUCAAAGAAGCAGAGGUCAGGAGGCGAGCUUUCCUCAUGAGUGGGUAGGCACAAUUCGCCCCUCUGCACCACAUUCAGGAUUGGCUCCGUGUCGUACUUGCCACCGGGGGCGGCUUUGCUCCCCACGACUAGCAUAGCGCCAAUUCAUCCCGGUGCCCCCGUAAUAUGGCCAAGCCGGGCAGUGAACAGGUCCCUGGAGAUGCACUCCGGUUUAUGGCCAAGUCACACCUUAUCAAGCACGGCUGAGCAAGGGCAAAAAAGAUUUCUCCCCGAUAGAGUUACGUCAACCCGAAGAUACCUUUCCCAAGGAACACGCGCUCGCCAGCAAGCGGUUCGCUCAGGAAUAGUGUAUGCGCGCGAGAUCAGACAAUGCCUUUUCCGGAAUCUAUACUUCGGAGAUACUGUCCGUCAGCACGCGCUUUGAUACUUUGCGAAAGUACCUGUGGAUCUACUACCAUUCGGGUCCCCGUCUUUAAAUCGCAUCCAGAUUCGGCCGUAUCAAGUACUCGGCGAGCUAAGGGACUUCAAUCAUCAUAUGUGGCGGCCUCUUUACAUUGGGAUAUGGUGUGGCGCUCAUUGGUACGGUUAAAAGGGUUCGCGGACCGCCUCGCCGCUCAAAACAGUCCAAGGUGCGACAGCUUGGCCAGAGAUGAUAAAAGUUGCCCAAAAUGGCUGAAAUCACAUCUUACCUCUUGCAUCAACGCCUCCAAGUUUCCCGUUUGAGCCAUUAAAUGAACUUAUCUUGGUCUAUCUGGAGAGGCUAAUUACAGCUAUCCGCGCGGCUUUUUUUCCUUGCUGAUGGGGGCCAAGCUUGGUGAUCCAGCCACAACUACUUUCAAAUGCUGUUUUAUUUUUCUCUUUCCUGCCUGGGCAGUUGCAAACAUUGUGGCUAUGUUCGAAUCACGGGAAAUAUUCAGCGCUGAAACUUUUUUUUUCUUCUUUCGCUACUCUUUACCACAUGGGCAGUAUUUUGGUUGUGUAAGCAUCGAAGUCUCAACACUAGCCUGGCGCACACUUGGGAUUAUAAUGACUUGCACUGGGUGUAGUCUGCUCGCACGCCCAGAGGAAUUAUUGCAAGGGGAUUGCGCUUUCCGUUAUUCUUUUUUGUUAAUAUAUAUACCCAUUGACCGCACACGGGAGUAUUUUCCCGUCGAGCUGAAAACCCAUUUACUAUCUCGGCAUUUGGUUGCCUUCAAGAAACUUGAACAGAGUCGCUUAUUGUUAUAUGCAGCUUGCGUCAAUUCAUUCUGGCGAUUCAAUUCUUGAUAUUUCAGGGCUAGGAUGUGAAACAAUGUCCCUUUGCAAAA